AUGGUGAUGGUAACGGUGACAGUGACGGUAACGAUUACGAUAACGGUAAUAGGGACAGUAAAGGUAAUGGUGACGGUGACAAUAAUGGUCACGAUGAUGGUAAUGGUAACGGAUAACCAUAACGACGAUGACGGUAAUGGUGACAGUAACUGUUGCGAUAACGAUGAUGAUAACAUUGACGGUAGUGAUGACAGUAAUGGUUACGAUAACGGCAACGGUAAAGGUAACGAUAAGAGUAAUAGUGACGGUGACGGUGACAGUAAUAGUGGUGAUAAUGGUGACGGUAACGAUGUUGGUAACGGCGACUGUGACGGUGAUGGCAACAGUGACGAUGACGUCCAAGACCUCAUCGUCACUGUUACCGUCACCGUCUCCGUUACUAACACCAUUAUCACAACUGUUACCAGCAUCAUUACCGUCACCAUCACCAUUUCCGUUAUUGUAACCGUUACUGUCACCAUUACCGUCAAUGUUACCAUCACCAUCAUCGUUACCGUUAUCGCAACAGUUAUUGUCACCAUCACUGUUAUCGUCACUGUCACCAUUAUCGUCAUUGUUACUGUUACUGUUAUCAUAACCGUUAUUGUCACCAUUAUUGUCACCGUCACCAUUACGGUUACUGUUAUCGUUCGCGAUACCGUUACCAUUAUUGUCAUCGUCAUCGUUACCAUUACCAUUACGGUUAUCGCCACCGUUACCGUUACCACCGUGAUUGUUAUCGUAUCCAUUACAAUAACCGUCAUCGUUAUCGUUAUUAUCACUGUUACCGUCAUUGUUACUAUCACCGUUACAGUUACAAUUACUUUUACUAUUACCAUCACUGUUACUGUGGACGUUACCGUUACUAUUACCUUUAUCGUUAUCGUUAUCGUCACCAUAACCGUUACAGUGAUAGUUACUGUUAUCGUUACCGUUACCAUCAUCGUGACCAUUACCAUCACUGUCUCCGUUACCAUUAUCGUAACCAUUACAGUCACCGUUAUUGUCACCGUCACCGUCAUCAUCACUGUCAUCGUUACCAUCACCGAAUAA